AUGAACUCAGCCGCAGCAGAGAAAGGUGUACGUCGAUUAUUUUUAGCUCAGUGUAGCUCUAUAGGUUCGUUGGGUGCUACUCGAGAAGUGUGGCUCCUUGCCCAAUUCCUAAGUUCUCUGCAGGGUGGAAAGGAUCUAGGACUCGCAAGGCUUUGUCUCAUAUAUCCAUCUGUUGAAGACGUGAGGAAUUCUCUGGAAGGCUAUAGUGCAGGUGACUCCCUUCCUUAUCAGGAGUCCACCGCCAAAAAACAGCCAUGGCUAAGGGACAUGGUGUGUAAAUGGAGAAGUGAAGGAAGAGGUAGAAGUAAAGCAAUGCCACAUACUUACACGGAAAUUUGGGAUGGUAUUCCUCAGUGGCUGCUUGUCACCAGUGCUAAUCUUUCUAAAGCUGCAUGGGGAGACUAUCAGGUCGACAAAUUGGCGGAAAAGUUCGAUGCGAAUGCCUUCAUUGCUGAAAAAUACAACGCGCUCAUUUCUGCGAAUAACAGCGAAGAAAAUAACAAUAUGAAAUCAUGGCUUGCAACUGUCUCUUCGCUUGACCUUGAGCACAUCAGCAGAUUUUUGGAUUUCAUCAGCGAGAAUUUUUCCUCCAAGGUGCCGCGAAUCGUUUACGAGAAGAUGGCGUUUGUGGCUACUGAGUGGACCUCUCCACUCGCUCUCGAUUCCUCCUUGAUUCCGAUGCUUCUGAACCUUUUACCAGUAGAUUUCUGCUCACCAUCCACAACCAGUGCAGUCAUUCGGCCGUGUGCCUCAGCCCUGCCUGCUGUAUCCCGAGCCUACUCCGAACAAUCUGACAAUUAG